CGUGAGAGAAAGCAACUGGACUCCUUGCCUGUAAUGAACAGUUUCUCUCUCUCUCUCUCUCUCUCUCUUGUUUUGAGAUCAAAACAUGAAUCACUUGUGCCAUCUUCAACUCCCGAAGAAAAGUAUCCACAUUGGAAUCUAUCUCCUCAAGCUCAAUCUCCAGUACCAAACCAGGUUAUCUUCUACUUCUUCUUCUUCUUUAGAUUCAAGUAUUACCACCCCUAUUCCACACACAUUCGACCUAUCUAGGGUUUCCGAGCUCAUAACAAACCAACACUGGUCCGACCUCAAAACCCUAACCAACCAAACAACCUCCAGUACUUUCCUUCACGUAUUGUUUCAAUCCGAACUCGACUCAGACCUAGUUCUCCGUUACUUCAAAUGGUCGGAAGAGGAAUUUAGGGUUUCACACCACCUCGAACUGUACUGUAGACUAUUCCAUUUAUUGGUGAAUUCAAAGAAGUAUGGAAAAAUCAGGUCUUUAUUGCAUCACUUUGUUAGAAAAGACGAAACGCACUCGAAUUCUUCGAUUUUUCAUUCUCUUGCGGUUACUGGAGGUGGGUUUUGCGCGAAUUCGAUAAUUGUUGAUAUGCUGAUACUGGCCUAUGUAUAUGAUUCAAAGACGGAUUUGGCGUUCGAGGCUUUCUUGAGAGCUGGGGAUUAUGGGUUUAAGUUAUCGAUAACGUCGUGCAAUCCCAUGUUGGGUAUCUUGGUUAAGGAGAGGAAAUUUGCGGUGGUUGAGAUUGUGUAUAAGGAGAUGAUAAGGAGGAGGAUUGAACUUGAUGUGAGUAGUUUCAAUAUUGUGAUUAAGGGUUUCUGUAAGGCAGGGAAGUUGAAGAAGGCGGGGGAUGUUGUUGAGGAUAUGAAGGUGAGAGGGUUUUCGCCUUCGGUGGUGACAUAUAAUACUCUUAUGUAUGGGUAUUGUAAGAAUGGCGGUGCAGGGAAAAUGUACAAGGCUGACAGGAUUUUGAAGGAAAUGGUUUCGAAUGGUAUUCACCCAAUUGAGAGUACUUUCAACAUUCUAAUUGACGGGUUUUGCAAGGACGAGAAUUUGUCUGCUGCUAUGAAGGUGUUCAAGGAAAUGCAAGGUCAGGGUUUGAAAGCUGGUGUUGUGACCUAUAAUUCAUUGAUCAAUGGACAUUGUAAUGAGGGGAAGCUCGAUGAUGCUCUCUGUUUGCGGGAUGAGAUGGUGGGGUUAGGUCUGAAGCUGAAUAUCGUUACUUAUAAUGCCCUCAUCAAUGGGUUCUCGAAAAAGAAAAUGUUGAAGGAAGCUAGAGAGUUGUUCGAUGGUAUAAGCGAAAAAGGGCUCGAUGCAGAUGUUGUAACAUUUAAUACGUUGAUCGAUGCAUAUUGUAAAGCUGGGAAAAUUGAAGAAGCAAUCGCAUUGCGCGAUUUGAUGAUGGAUAAACCGGUGUUUCCCGAUGUUGCGACCUAUAACUGUUUAAUUGGUGGUUUCCUUAGAGAGGGAAAAAUGGAAGAAGCUAGUAAGCUUCUAGACGACAUGGAGAACAAGGGUUUGAGGGCGGAUGUAAUAACAUAUAACAUACGGUUAAAUGCUUUGUGCAAGAAAGGGGAGUCGAGAAAAGCAGCUGGACUUUUGGAUGAGAUGUUUGAAAGAUGUAUCCGUCCUUGUCAUGUGACCUACAAUACUUUGAUAGAUGGUUACUGCACAGAAGGAAACCUCAGGGCAGCUUUGAACACGAGGGCGCGUAUGGAGAGAGAGGGGAAGCGGCCAAAUGUUGUAACAUUUAACGUAUUGAUUAAAGGCUUUUGCCAGAAGGGUAAGCUGGAAGAAGCAAAUGGGCUCCUUAACGAGAUGUUAGAGAAGGGUUUGGUACCAAAUAGGACAACGUAUGAGAUAGUAAAAGAGGACAUGAUGGAGAGGGGAUUUGUUCCAGAUAUAGACGGGCAUUUGUAUAAUGUUUCUGUUAACUCUUAGAUGCUCACAGGAGGAGUUGAACUGGUAUUACUUUGGGUUUUGAUGCGGCAGGCAGAGAUGAAAACUUCAGUUGGGAUUUUGUUAGUGUCCCGGGUGGAAAUACUUCUCAUUAGAGGCUGGCAUUUGAGAGUAUGCACAUCCUAUUUGUAGAGCAGUGAAGCGCUGCCUAAUUCAGGAGAAGCAAUCAAUGAAAUCCUUGAGCAUCGUCAUUUCAUAAUCCAGUUCCGCAUGUUCCAAAGGGAAUUCUAAUUAUUUUUAUUUGUCACAGAAGUUUCUUUAUAAACUGCACCGAACAGUAUCAGUGGUUCGAGUUACAGUUUUGGUCGGGCCAGAGGCCGCGUGGAAUUAGUGGUGGAUUCCAAAGUCCGGGAACCACUCUUGAGUAUCUUUUGGAGUGCUAGAUACAAAGAAAAUCUACCCGGAAAUUACCCCGAAUGGGCAAAUCAACGGUACAGAUACAAUUCAAAGUGAAUCUGUACCAUUGAUUUGCUCUUUCGGGGUAAUUUCCGGGCAAAUUUUCUUUGCGCUUAGAAUUUCUCAUCUGAAAAUAUAUGAAGGGGAAUCCUGCGAGGCCAUAGUGAGAUAUAGUCGGUAGCUUCCUACAAUGUCUAUGAAACUGCAAGGAUGGCUUUGUUGCAAGGAUGAAGCACCUUAUCAGGUUAGCUUUUAGUGAAGAGAAGUGUUGAACUAGGAAGCCCAUUUUUGUUCUUUGUACCUUAAAGGCAAAGUGCAGAGUAUACUGAAGUCUGAAAGAUACUCCGUUAUCUUUUGUUCUUUGUAGUUAUUUUUUGCAUGCAAUGGCUACUAUGUAUUCAUUGUAGGUAGCUCUGCCCAAAUGCUGUAUCGACAAACAUGUCAACUUCUUUUUUGGCUUUUGUCCGGUGAAUAAUAUGGAAAACAUGUUUUCUAUGUUGCCCCUCCAAGAGUGAUGGGUUGCUGCAAGGGUUCGAUUGCUUUUCAA